UAUGAUGGCAAUAAUCAUACAAUAAACAGCAAAAUCGUCAGUGUCAUUGUUCAUCCGCCCCCUGAGCCUAGAAUACCAUUUGAAGAACCUGUUCGCAUCACCUGGAACGAAAAAAAACCGGACGAGCAAAGUCAAUGUGUGUACUGGAAACCAGAAUUAACUGUAAAUUUGUGGAAGUCAGAUGGGUGUAAAAGGAAAUACUCAGAUUCUAACCGCUUGAUUUGUGAAUGCGACCAUCUCACUGCCUUCGCUACUAUGGACAUUUCGGGGAAACGCUGGGGCGCUUUGGAGAUAAUAUCUACAGUUGGUUGUUCGCUAUCAUUGGCUGGUGUGAUAUUGACGAUAUUUGCCCACGUGUUGCAGUGGAAAAAAAUCCACAGAAAUGUCACAAGCAAAGUUCCUUCUAAAGUUCUCAUGAAUCUCUGUGUUGCUAUCGGAAUGACAAAUGUAUUUGCUAUUCUUGCAGGACCCGCACGUAAUGAAGAGACAUUCUGCAUAGUCACCUCUAUUUUAUUGUACUUUUCUGUACUCGCGUCAUUUGGAUGGAUGUUAUGCGAGGGAGUUGUGAUCCACCGGCAACUUGUCAAUGUGUAUGCAAGUUUGAGCCUGGGGGGAAAGUAUAUGAAGGCCUUUUACGCCAUUGGCUGGGGACUUCCAGUGAUGAUUGUCGCUGUGUUAGUCGGAAUAAAUCGCCCAGAUGAUUUUAUAUCAGAACACUCAUGUUGGUGCCGUGCCGGAGGUGCGCUGUUUUGGACUUUUGUCGCUACCAUUGGACUAAUAUUUCUGAUCAACAUUUCUAUAUUCGUUCUGGCUUUACGAAAUACUUUAUCGUCCAGGGCAGUAAGCAUAAACCACACUGAUGCUGAUAGCAAGUUAAGGAAAGCAGAAAUCGUUCUCAAAGGUUCUGCUGUUCUGCUUCCAAUACUUGGUCUAACCUGGGUGUUUGGUUUGCUGGUAUUCAAUCGAGAAACGAUUGUGUUUAAAUAUUUAUUCGCAAUAUUUAACUCUCUACAAGGACUGAUGAUAUUCGUUUUCCAUGUGCUUUUAAAUGUAAAGUUCCGCAAUGCUUUCUCUAAAGAAGAUAGGAGUUACACUGAAAGAAGCCACAACUACGCUAUGGUCCGAAAAAAUAAUACCUACAGCAGUCCUAGCAAUGGAAACUACUAUGGUCCUGCUCCAGGGGUAACUUUGAGCGAAACGUUGAGCCGCUCCUCGCCAAUGAUGAGCCGAAAAAAUAAUUCUACAGAGAAGAUUGAUUCAAUGACAGCUUAA